ACACACCAUUAUUGCUCUACUAUUCAUAGACCUUUCGCUAAGGAAUGGGUCAUGCGUAUCUCUCGCGCUCCUCAACUUCGCAUCGCAUCAGACGCACCAUGGGUCAUUACGCCGGACCUACAAUCCGAACCCGAGUCAACCUCUGAGCCAUCCAGCGGGACAGACAAAGGCAAACCACAUGUAGCCAUCUCGUUGUUAGCCGAUCCCUCUCUUAAACGCUCUGUUAUAUACAGUCUAAAGAAAGGAUUCAACACAGAGGGGAAAGUGAUCAUGGAUCGCAACAUGCCUUAUUCCGCUUCGAAAGACGCAUUUUACGUCAUCAUCAGCCGAGAGGGCGUACGGAAAGGACGUACCCUACUUCGUCUCUUUUCGAAGUUGGUAUCGGUGACUGCGUAUAUUAUGUCAACCGCGCUCUUCGCCAGUUCGACGCUUCUGCACCUCCAACCUGCCAUUCUCGUGAUGGCACUUGUGCUGUGUGCCGCGAUCUUUGGAAGAGUGACGGCGAUGUGGAUCUCGUCGGUCAUCAUGAGGGAUCGUCCUGUGUUACAUCGCAUCGUGAAGACGGAAAAGGAGGCAGAUGUUUUUGUGGAGGCGAUAUUGAGGAAAGAGGGGAUCGUAUGUGAAGUUUUGGGACAUGUCGUCAUCAAUGGUAGGUGUGUUAAAAGAAGUGGGAGGUUUAGUUGGAGUACAAUUAUCGGUAUUUUGGCUAAGCCGAUUGACGUGGGGCGAAUUAGCAUGAUGUCUUCAGCGUGA